CAUAUUAUUUAUUUCUUAUAACAUAAAUGCUGCAAUUGAAAAGAUAUGUUAAAAACCUAUCACGCGACCCUUUUAUAAUCCAACGUAUUUUCAAUUCAAUGAUAAAGUAAUAACAUAGUAGAAUUAUAUAGAAUUUUAGUUUAAUCCACGUUUAAUCAGAUACUUUUGACUGACACGCUGCAAGUCACGUGCAGUUACCCCACUUUAGGAAUCGAGUCUUUCGUGAUUGGUUGUUUCGUCUUGUCUUUACUUCUACUGUGGAACAUUAUGGCGUCGCAUAUUCUGUUAGGUUACGAUAGAGGUCGUCGUCCGUUGUAGGUGUUUUAUGGUGAAAAGUCAUAAAACUGCAGGAUUACAAGUUGCGAGAUGCAUUCAAUAAAGUUUUAAAAGCACCGAAUCAAUUGAUCGCGUUGCAGUUAUUUCGAGGCAUUGGGUGCGUAAGACUAAUUGGAAAUAUAGACUAUAAUAUCCAAGCGGAAAAUAAAAAUCGACUAUAAUGAAAUUCCAUCAAAUUAAUGCACACGAAAAAAUUAGAAUAUUUCAUAUAUAUCAGUAAUAGAGUAGACUUGUAAUAUUGACGAUAAAUCAAAUUGUUGCGUGAAGUGUUGAUUUUAUCGAUAAUAUCGUGUGAUAUUUUGUAACACGUAAAAACGAUUAUUUAGUGAAGUAAAAAACACAGUAUGAUUCUUCGACGAAAGUCAACACACGGCUGCAACUGCCCCUGUCAUCAACACUGCUCAACGAAAUGUGCAGAAGAUGUAGAGAGCAUGACAGGUGAGAUUGAAAAUGGAGAUUUGGCAAUCCGAGAUGUUGCAGACCUUCUUCAAUCACAGUAUGCUAUUAUAGCAGGAGGAAAAACUCGAGAAGGAUGUCCUAUAAUUACUUUUCCAGAUAAUGGUAAUUUUCAUAAUUUAUCUGACUUGGAUUACCAACGUCUCAUGCUGUAUCUUACUUCUGUGCCAACAUUACAAGAAGCAGAUCUUGGUUUCCACUUAAUUAUUGAUAGAAGAAAUGAUAAGUGGAACUCUGUGAAAACUGUGUUAUUAAAGAUCUCUGGCUUUUUUCCUGGUUUAGUUCAUGUAGCAUAUGUUCUGCGUCCAGCUGGAUUUUUACAGAAAGCUAUUUCAGAAGUAUCAAACAAGCUAUUUAGGGAAGAUUUCAAAUUUAGAGUUAUAUUUUUAGCAAAUGUUGCUGAACUUCAUGAACUUAUAGAUAAAGAUCAGUUAACUGAACAACUGGGUGGUACCUUGCCAUAUUGUCAUCACACUUGGAUACAAAAUAGAAUUAGUUUAGAAAAAUUUUCAUCAAUGACUCAAGACGUAUCUCUUGCAUUGGAUUCUUUCACUCGGCGUUUAGCCGAGAUUGAAUUUCCUAAUAAUACAGUUGCAACUACAUCUUUACUAUCUCAACAACAAGUAGAAUACAAUGAAUUAAAAGAAGAAAUUCUUAGUGCUGCAAGACAUGGUGAAGCACUAUUGGAUAGUGUAAGACAAUUAACUGGCAAGGGAACAGCUGAUAGAUUAGGAAAUGUUGCAGCAAUAGAAAGAUUGCUUGUUCAGUUAGAAGAAACAGAACGCACUUUUGACCUGUUUUGGACACAUCAUAGUUCUCGUUUGAGACACUGCUUAGCAUUAAGACAAUUUGAAGCUGACUUUAGAGAGUUACAAGCAAUAUUAGAUCAACAUCUAAAAACUAUAGAAGAAAUGACAGAAGUAGGAGAAACUCAAGCAAGGGUUGAGCAGUUAGUUUGUGACACAUCAGCAUUUCAAAGAAUAUGUAGAUCCUAUUUGUUGCAUACCAUGUGGAUUUGGGUCUUGGGAGAUAUAGAACGAGCAGAGGAGGUGAUAUCUGCUGGUCAACAACUAUUAUCUGGGAGGCAUCAAUGUCCUACAGAUGUUGUAGAACCAAAAUGCGUGGAACUACAAAGGAUUUGUACUAUUCUAAGUCAAAGAUUAGAAAGACGAUUACAUAUGUUAACUAAAUGUAGGGAACUCAUGGAACGUAUAGAUAAGGCAAACACAUGGUGUACACGUGGUAUAGAAUUACUUGCCUCACAAAACAAUACGACUCCACCUGAUCAAGCACUUCAAGAAUUACAAGAAUUAAUAGAAGCUGCUGAAGAAUUUCACCAUCCCAGAUGUAUUUUUCAAGACUCUGUAAUGCCUGAAACUAAGGCUCUUAUUACUCAAGUUUUGCAAAGAAUAGAAGAUGUGUCUUUGAUGUGUGAUAAAAGAAUAAUGACACUAAAACAGCAAUUAAUUAAACCAACAAGACCAGUUCAAACUGUAACACCUGAACCAGUUAAACCAUUGCAAUCACUGCCUCAAAUUGUUAAACCUGGAAGAAUUCUUAAAAAAGCUAACACUAUGCCCAAGAUGGAGAUGAGUCCUAUAGAAGGGGAAUCUUCAUCUCCAGAAAGUGAAUCUAAAGACACAGAAGCUUUACGUUUAAAACGUGGACAUGUUUUAGCAGAAUUAGUUGAAACUGAACGAAUUUAUGUUGCUGAGUUAGGUACUAUAAUUAAAGGAUACAAAAUGGAAUUAAUAAAUGAGGCAAUGGCUCAUUUAGUACCAGCAGCAUUAGUCGGCAAAGGAGAUAUUUUAUUUGGAAAUUUAGAAGAUAUAUACAUUUUUCACGGAGAAACAUUUUUAAAAGAUUUAGAAAAUUGUAUUUCAAAUACCGAACUUGUCGCAUUAUGUUUUGUACAAAGGCGCGAAAUGUUCUUCAGAUUAUAUAGUUAUUAUUGUCAAAACAUUCCGAGAUCUGAAAAAUUACGAGAACAGAUACAAAAUGAACCACAGUUUCUUGCAGCUUGUCAACAAAAGCUUGGUCACAAAUUACACCUUGCUGCAUACCUUCUAAAGCCUGUUCAACGUAUAACAAAAUACCAAUUGUUGUUGAAAGAUCUUUUAAAAUAUAGUGACGAACCAUCGUGUUGUACUGAAUUACAAGAAGCAUUAGAUUGUAUGCUUGUUGUAUUAAAAUGCGUUAAUGACAGCAUGCAUCAGACUGCAAUUACUGGAUUUGGUGGUGAUCUAAAUGCACAAGGUGAACUCUUAUUGCAAGGUUCUUUCAGUGUAUGGAGUAGCAGUAAACGAGAACGACUUCUCAGGUUAAAACCAUCACAGCGACAUAUAUUCUUAUACGAAAAGGCAUUUAUAUUUUGUAAACAUAGUAAACCACAAGCUCAUAAUAAAGCUACAUACCAUUUCAAAAGAUAUCUAAAGAUGUCACAAAUUGGAUUAACAGAAUCGGUAAAAGGUGAUGCAAGACGUUUCGAAAUUUGGCUACAAGGUCGAGCUGAAGUGCAUACUAUACAAGCAUCUACAGUUGAUGUCAAACAGUCUUGGGUGCGUCAAAUUAAAGGCGUUUUAAUGUCUCAAUUGGCUGAGCUUAAAGGGAAACAAAAUUCUGCACUUGGAAAAACCAAUCACAAACCUUUGCGGCAAACGAUUUCAUGGGAAGCUCAAGGCAGCGUUUCAGGAUCGUUAAGAACUCUUUCAGUUGAUGGUAGCAGUGUUAUAUCGCAUAUUACAGAUAUUUCGCAGUCAACUGAAGAUGAUAUUGCAUGGAGUUCAGAAAACAGUAAUACUGAUGACGAAGAUGCUUUCAGCGAAAAUCCUGGUCCUGCUCCUGGUGGAAGAUAUGUAGCAUUAGCUGAUUAUUGUGCAGUUGGUCAAUCAGAAGUUACAAUGCGUGAGGGAGACAAUCUAGAACUUCUUAAAGUCGGAUGUGCUGGUUGGUGGUUUGUAAAAUUAAUAAGUACUGGAAUAGAAGGAUGGGCACCAGCAGCUUACUUGGAACCAAUGAAUCGGAAGAGUUCACGUAGCUCACAAUCAGUCAACAGCCAAGAAACUAUAUGAAACAGGCGUCUAACACACUAGAUUUUCCUAGUGUGUUAGAUUCAUGCAUGCAUUCAAAGAAUAUUACUUGUUGAAGUAUAAAAUUAACAAUCAUAUAUUGGCAGAUUUUAUAAUGCAUACAAAGAUAUAGACAAGAAUUCAGAAAUUUUGCAUAAUAUAUAUACAAUAUAACGAAACUUAUUUCAGACCGUAUGAUAUAGCAAUAUAUGCUUGAUCUAUAUGAUUAAUCUGUGAAUAAUUAGAGCCACAUAUAACUUUUGAAAUGGAAAAUUAGAUGAGGAGAAUCUAAGAUAUUGACCUAAUUAGUUAAUCCUUCAUAAAAAGGUAUAAAUAACGAGAAACCAGGGAAUGAAAAAAUGCAUAAACUUUUUUACUACAUAAAGUAUAUUACGAAAGAAUUUGUUGGUGGAAGCGCUUUACGCAAGCAAAUAAAAUUUGCAUUUACUACAGAAAAAUAAUAUUAACUAGAUUUAUUCUUACAAAAAGAAUAAUAUUUAUAGAAUUGUAUAAAACGUAUUUGGAUAGCGGAUUAAAAAAUUUAUGCACGCACAUAUGCAUAUUUACAUAUACAUAUAAUACAGUUAUAGUAAAGUAAAUUAUACGGAUUUGUAUUCAACUUUGCAUUUUCUAAUAUUGCAAAGAAAAUAACUACAAUGAAAUGCAAUCAUUUCAAUCACACAGUUACUACUUCCAUAAAAGUUAUAUAAAAUUACAAUUUAUGAAAUUUAUCUAUACUUGUGACCUGUAUAAUAUUUAACUAUAUGCAAAUAUUCCAAAGUUCAUAUUAGAUUUGGAAUAUUUUUAUUUUUUGUAAUCUAUUAGCAAUGCUCGUAACAUUUUUUAAAUAACAAAGCUUGUGUAUAGUUACAAAAAGAAAUCAAAUAUAUCUGUGUUAUAUUCAUAAAAUAUUUUUCAGUAAAAUUAUGUAAUAAAAUUAUUAUUUACAUAUUUAUUAUAAUAGUAUUAUAUUAUCAUCAAUAUAGUUUAUUUAUUUUUACAAAUAAUUUAAUAGAAUAUAGUUUUCGAAACUGAAAAACGAAUUUAGAAUAUUUGCAAAUUAUUCAAAAGUGAUUAUGAAGUCUUUAAAAUUAUAACGAGUGUACGAGUAUUUAUUUAAUGCUUCUGCGAUUGAAUUAUAAGAGUUUAGCAGAAGUACUUUGUUGAAACAUUAGUAUAGGUAAAAUAGAGAAUAUACUGUUAAUAAGUCUUUGUGACCAAACAGCUUGAUAUUAGUACUAUUUUAGUACGUAAAAAAUAGCUUAUUUAAAAUAUUUAAUGAAAAAGAAAUGAACGAUUAUAGAGUAUUAAGUAACAUAUACACAAGUUCUCAAGAGCAUGAAAAUUAACACCAAGCAUUGUGCAAUAUAUAAUAUAAUACUGUAAUAAACUUUAGAAAAAUAUUCCAGUAAAAAAGCAAUUCCAAUUUUUGCAGAAUUGAUAAUUCAUCAAUUUCUUAAAUAUUUAAUGAUAAUGGAAUAGGUAUAAUAUAAUUUGUACUGAAAAUUUAUAUGGAUAUAGAAAAACUAAAUAAGAAAUUGUUAUGAAUUAAUAUCUUUCUUUUAUAGCUAAAUGUGCAAUUAUUACUUUCUUUUUAUGAUUGGGAUCAUGAUUUACAUUGCUUGGAAAAUGUUAAUUAACUGUAAUUUAUAUGUUAUUUAUAUAUAACAAAAUUCUAUUGUGAUUAUAAGAUAUAUAGAUAUAUAUAUUGAGUACAAAUAAUUUAUUUUAGUAGUAUGGCUAUUAUUGAAAUAAAUUCGUGUUAUAAUAUAUGGAUAUCAUAAUAAAUAUGAUAUUUAAAUAAUUUGAAAAUAAGAUUAAUAGUUAUAUUGUUAAUGUUUUAUUAAUAGAAAAUGUUGAUUUUAGACCAAAGAAAGUUGUGCAUCUUUUCUUGGGAAAGCAAGGCAAUGAAAACAUUAUUAAUUUAUAAUCGUUAACUAUUAAUUUUUAAUUUAUUUUUUAUCAUUCUCACCCACCUUUACGCCGUCCUAAUAUUAACUAGUUAUAGGAUUCAAUAAUUCAUCAAGUAAAUUAUUUUAUUUGAUGUUUAACGUUUGAUUUAUUUUUUUUGCAUUUAAAAAAAACGUAAGAUUUUAUGUAUAUUCAAAUAUAGCAACAUUGUGAUAAUAAAAUUUGAAUGUGGUAAAUAGUUAUGGAAAUGAUUUUAAAUCUGAUUAAUUAUUCUGCUUGCAAAAAAUAACUACAAAUUUUAACUUUUUGUGUGUUUUUUUAUUGGAUUUUUGUGUUCCAAUGUGUACUUAAUAUAAGAAAACAAACAAAUAUUUAGGUUAUCAGAAUUUUUGUAGAUAAUAUUACAUUAAUACAUAGACAAUAAUUAUAUGUGGAAUGUGGAAUGGUUCUAUUAUGAAUGCAUGUGGAUGUAAUAAUAAUUUUUGAAACAAAUAAAGCAAUGUUAUUAUUGUA